AUGACGCGCUCUCCCCCAGCACCGGCUUCACGCACUCCUCAGACGGCGCCUCCCAAUCGCCGCGCUUCCAAGCCAGCCCCCAUGAACAAUCCUUUCACCAACGUCCGCUCAUCUCCCAGCGCCGCUGCUGCUGGCCCCGGCAAGGCUAUUAGAAAGAAGUCUCGCUCCGGUGGCUUCGAAGGCGCCGCGGAUGAGGAUGACGAGACCUAUCGCAAAGGCCCUCACACAUUGCGGAAGCGUACCAAGAUCGACUACUCGGCCGCAGACUUUGAGGAUGAGCUGCCCGAGAUUGCGAUCCCGGCACCCCGCACCGCAACUCGCAAAAGAAGAGCAGACAGCGAAGUGGCCGAUGAUGAUUACUUCACCCCUCUCUCUCAGAAGCGACGUGCUACUUCCAGAGAUUUUUCCGUCGCCAGUCUCCCCGCUGCUCGUCGCCGGACCCCGGCUCGGAAGAAUAUCGUCGAACAACAGCAGUCCUUCUACUCUCAGCCAUCAGACGAGGAUAUCGUCAAAGACACCAUCGAGGUCGUUGGCGACUCUUCUGACCUGGUGAGCUCUGAUGAUGCCUCGGAGCAUGAAGAGGACGAGCACGACAUUUCCGGCCGUCUAUCUUUGCCUGAAAAACAUGAUCAUCACUCUUCGCCCACUCAACGGAAGACAAAAGGCAUCAAUCGCCUUAUCUCACCCGUCGAACAAAAUGCCAUCGAACAACAACACGAGGAGCAGUCUUUUCACGCUCAGCACGUCUCUGCCGCCGCCGCCGCCGCUGCCGAGCACAUGGACUCCGGCCCGGUAAUUGCUCACCCUCAGCCCAUCCGAGUCAACCACGUCUCCAUUUUCAACGACACUGCUCCAGCCCAAGAACCCCGGCCAAUCCCAACACACCGCGAAGACCUCGUGGAGGAUUUUUCAUUUCAGCCAAAGCGAGAAGCCAGCUCCCCCGUUCGCCCAACGGCCACCGCUCUUCACCAGGCGGUCGAGCCGGAAACGGCAGAGGCGGCCACCGGACAACAAGUGGUUCUCGGCUCACAGGAAAACUCCGCACCGGCCGUCGUUGCUGACAAUUCCGACACCACUGCCGCCGCUCCUAUCAUAACUCUCAAUGAGGUUGCUAUUAUCGCACAGUCUCCGGAGCAGAUUUCAGACUCUAUUACCGAACCCGUCAUUAACGGCGAAGCUGUCAAUGGCCAUGUUGACGCCACAGAAAAUAAACCCUCGCCUAGAGAGCAGCCUCCAAGCCCGGAACCUGCAGCCGAGGCCGACCAGGUUAAGGCUCAUGAGUCUUUCACCUCUCAACCAGAGGAGGCUCUUCCGGUUCAGGAUCAGAUGGACGUCGAUGCGCCCGAGAAAACAGUCACUGAGAUGCAAAAAGACACUCCCGUUGAACAGCCGGACGCCGCUCAUUCUCCCGAGGAGGCACCCAAGGAACCCGAGAUCAAGGAGCCAGAGGAGAAGAAGCCACAAUACCCGUGGUCUUAUUUGACGCCAUACAUCUCUGGCGAGUUUGUGACGCAUUCUACAUUCCCCGUCACAGUCGAAGCCCCUGCACCGACCUCGAAUCCCGACGGAUUGGAUGCCAACGGCGAGACUGAAAACGCCGAGGAGAACGCAGAAGUUGCCGACGCAAAUGUCGACGGCCCGCAGGCUGAUGGCGAGGGCGAUGAAGACGGCAACGCCGACGCCGAUGGGGAGGUUGAGGACGUCAACGCCGAGGACGCCAAUCGUGUCACCGGCCAGGAAGAGGAGCACCACCCCGAUAGCCAGGCCCAGCAAUUAUCUCAAGAAUCGCGAUACAAUUCUGAGGUUCCCACACCGGCGCUCACUCCUCGCCAAGGGUCGCCCGCUCUGCCAUCGACUGCGAUUACCGGUACCAACACUCCAUCUCUCGCAGGACCAAGGCAGCGCCUUAGAAAGCAGUACCCGUACAAGAAAGUUAGGGACCCUUCCGAGUAUAUGGAAUUCCUGAAAGACACCAAGAAGCUUUCCUACGAAGAAUUGUGGGAUCUACUGGCCGAAGCCAACGACGCCCUCCUCACCUGGCAGGAGGAAUACAAGGAGUGCACUAAGAUCGUCGACGACCAGGAGAAUGCCCAACGUCGCCAAAUUCAAGAUGCCGCCUUUGAAAAGAAGACCUCAGACCUCAAUGCUUUCAACAAGGUGGAAUCGUACAUCGAGAAGGACUUUGACGUCCAGGGCUACCGUGCCACAAUUAAGGAGAAGGAUGCUGGCGUUCUGGAGCAACGCUGGCAAGAUAGAGUCAUGGCUAGCGUCUAUGGCUUCGAGUACGACCCUCAUCCUAACAAGAUUGGCAACCAGGACCCCGACACCCAAAAGGAUGGCGGUGGGGAGGGUCGUCAACUUCGAAGCCAGCCGCAGGCCAGUGCAAAAGCUGCAGAAGGCGACGGUGUCAUCGUCUCCGGCAAGAGAGCCCGCAACCCUCCAAAGCCGUUUGAGGGCGUGGUACAGGAAGACCGCUCCGCGACUCCUGGAGGGAACAAGCCUGGCCCUAAGAGGCGGGGAAGGGCGGCUGCCGCUGACAGAUUCUCCACCUCUUUCACGCAAGACGAGCCGGAGGCCGAGCCGGAGCCGCAAACCAUUUCUCCAGCCAAGCCCGGACGCAAGAGAGGCCCAAGAGGGAAGAGAGUCGUUAUCGAGUCCGAACCUAAUACUCCCGCACCUGAACAAGACGCCAUCGCACCUCCUCCCCCCGAGCCGGAGCCGCAAGAGCCUCCCAAGCGCAAGCGCGGCAGGCAACCUAAGGCAAAGCCUGUCGACGAACCGGCGCCCGAGCCGGAGGAGAGAACACCAAAGCGGGGCCGCGCCGCGAAGAGACAGUCCAACGGCCAUGUGCCCCCUCCGGAGACAACCGACGAAUCUCGCCCGACUUCCUCGUCUUCAAACGCCACCAUCUCGGACGACGGGUCUACCUACGGUCUUCGCCAGAACAAGCGACAGCGCAACUGGCGUGAGGAGGCCGACGUCGACGAGGAGGCCGUGGAGGCCAUGCAGCCUCAGAAGCGCCCUCGCAUCAGACUCAACCGCAAGCAGAGCACGGCCGACCCGACCCCCCAGAAGAGCGUGUCGGAGCGCAUCCUGGCGGAUAUCAACGACUUCCAAUCCGCACCUACCCCGGAAGUCUCGUCGCUGUUCGUCACUUUCAAGCUCAUCGGCAAGGACCAGUGGAGUGUCAAGGGCGCCGCGACGCCUCGCCAGACAUCGACCGACGAGAGCGAAUACAACCUUUCGACUCCCAAGCCCAUGCCCGUGUCUGCUCCCGCAUCCGCCAAGUCAUCCGCUCCCCCGAGCCAGGCUGGCGGCGAAGAGAAGGACUACUCUACCAUGACCAAGUCCGAGAAGAUGUCAGCCUCCAUGAAGAAGCGCUGGCUCAACGGAAGCAUGCAAGGCGCCGUCAAUAAGAGAAAGGCCACCCUUGCCGCCAAAAAGGCUGCCGCCGCCGCCGCCGAGGCUCAACAGGUCCAGCAGGCUCAGGUCGCGCAGCAAAAGACGAUGCAAUUCCAACACCACACCGGCAUCCUCCCCAUGCCGCCGAACCACGGCCAGUAA